AUGGCAUAUCGACCAGCAGGGCUACGCAGACCAACGAAACCACAUAAGCCAAGUCUACACAAACGGGGGCGCAGCCACGAUGAUGACAGUGAUUCUUCUCGCUCCCCAACUCGGCGGCGCCUGAAUCCCAAAUCCCCGGAGUCCCCAGUACUUUCGCAAGAAAUCGCAGAACCUUCAGCAUCUCCUCUCCUGUAUCCCAUUCCCGAUGACAACAGUACAUCGAGUAAUGGAAUGACUCCAGUUGCGUUCAAUAGCCCUUUAGGUGAUGAAAAGCCCCCACUGUCGGACGAUGAAGUCUGUGAGUUCCAUGAAAAAGGAGCUGCAUACCAAGCAUGGAUUGCCAACCCAACUCUAGGCGGCUGCCAUUGUGGGCAAGCAAGACAGACAUUGUUCGGUCUGUUCAAUAACAGCAAUAAGAGAGAAAGAUUUACAUGUCCAGUGAACCAUUUUGAUGACCCACCUAAAUCCAUCAGGGAUGACUUGAAAAACCUAGGACUCCCAAUAACAAACAAAAAAUACCGCUUCACACGACUAUUCCACUAUGGGUAUAACAAGGAUGGCGACAAAAAAGAAACCCAGUAUCAACAUAGCUUCACAAAAGGCACUCUAAUUGCUGAAUGUAUUUACAGGUACACAGGGCCUCAUUGGUCCAAUGUCGCUAUCGCUCAAUAUAGUUUUGACCACCCCAUCGAUACUCUCGAAUAUCUUUAUUUUACUAAUAUCGUGAAUGAAGAGACCCUGCCCUAUGUGCAGGAAAUCCUCUACCCGAGACAUGAUUUGGAUUGGCCUACGCGUGAUCGUCUUGAGAGUCACGCAUGGGAGUAUGGUACCGAGGAGUAUCGAGAGCUUCUAGGUACACAGCUAGGUAAGGCAGCGGCAUGCUUUGUGCUAGGAGCUUGGGAGAGAGGUACCCGUCGGAUCGCUAGAAUUCACACUAUCGGCCGUGAGUACGAGAUACACCUGCGAUUUGAUAUCGAGGCUAUCCGUACGCUAACUGCUUGA